ACACUGAUCGAUGACAUGGCGUCCGCCCAUCCAUCCAUCCAUCUUUCCAUCCCACAUCCAUCCAUCCAUCUAUCUACAGCAAAAAAGAAAAAAAGAAAAGAAAAAGAGAUACCCCCCACCCGCAGCCCAAACCCUAGCUCAGAUCGACCCCUCCCCCCGUCGCCCCCUUCCUCCCUCGUCCUCCUCCACCGCCGCCGCCGCCCCCUUCCCGAUCUAGAUUCCUCCUCCGCCGCUCCUCACUACCACCACCCAGUCGCCCACCGUAGCAGAUCAAGCGAGCCGCCCAACCUCACCGGCCUCCUCCGUCUCUUCCAGUCAGAUCCGACGGGCACAUCUUCCUGCAGCCACGAGCGACCACCCCGGCCUCCACUCCACCGCCGGCAUCCUUUCCCCUCCCUCUCCGUAGAUCCUUUUGAGCAGCCACCUCGAGGCCGGCGCCGCCACCAGCGCGAUGGGGAGGGCGCCGCCACCAGCCACGACGGAGAGGUGGAGCCCCGGCUCCCUCCUCGACGACUCCUCCAAUAUCCGGCUCCUUCGACGGCAUCCCGCGCGGGAUCUCCACCGACUCCACCUCUGUCAACUGCCUCGUCGACCACGAGGAUGACAAUGCCUCGCAGCACUCGCGUAGUGGGAUGCCCAACUCCGGCUCGGCCGAGGACCAGCGGGCCAGCCAGAAGAAGCUCGCGGCCGCCGCCACGAGUUACCAGCAAGGCGCGCAGUCCGUGCCCGACUCUUCGAUGCUGGACAAGAACUCCUCCUUCGGCUCCACGUCCUUGGUGCCGUCCCUGUCGAAUCUGCCACCGAUUCAGGCAUCUUGGCAGGGCUGGCCCUCAUCGUGGUGUUCCUCUCCUUCCUCGGGAAAUCAAGUUAAGGUUGCCUCUUGGAAGAAGCUUCAGUUAUCGAUCGCAUACUGGCACCAGGCCAAACGACCUGUGGAAGGGAGAAAGAUCCACGCUGGCGUGGUAUUAGCAUGGCACAGAGAAGCUUCACAAAGGUCCUAAUCUCACCUUGUUAGAAGCAGUAGCUUAUGCCAAUGGCAAUCUGGAGAAGGAAGAUCUGUCCUUGGUUUUGCUCUAUUGGUGAAGCGUCCUCACUGCUAUUCUGCAGUAGAAUCUGAGAUGCACCUCCAACACCUCAAAAUCCAGCAGAAAAAGGACCCUGCUGUGUUUGCGAUGCAUCCACCGACACUGGGCCGAUUCUGGUGUUACUUUUGAUGAAAAAUGUGUGGAUCAUCUGCCUCAGCGACGCUAUCCCAAUCAGAUCAUCGUCGACACUAUCAUCAUAAGGUCUUGGUUCUCUUUAUUCUCUCCUGCCUUGUGAUGUUAGUCUGUGUGGGCCUACUACUAUUGUUAGAUGCCAUCUUGAAUGGAUGGUCUAUUGUACUUUUCUUUGGGUGAAUUUGUUACAGUGACAUUCAUUGCAUGACCUGCACCUGUACCAAUAUACGAUGCUGGCACCUGUAGGUUAGUAUUGUUAGUGCCUAACAUGAGCUUGAGUGUUGGAGUGGAAGUGUAGAACAACAACAGGUUAACGUGUUUUAUUUACCCUUUCUAGUAUUUGUACAAACUGAUGCAUUCCGGGCAUAAACAAAAUAUUAUACAAGAUAUGUAAAAGCAAACAUUUCACUAUGCAACUAUAAGAUCUGUUUUAUUUGCCCUCUCUAGUAUUUUAUAACGGGAAAGCUGAAGCUGGAACAUACUAGUUGGUAGAUCUGCUUGCUGCUUACAUUAGUGUUGCCAUUGCAUUUGUUUGGUUCUGGCUUGAACAACAGUACACAAAUGCUAGUAGCCUUUGUGUUCACUCUUUUACAGGAGCGUCUGGACAAAUUUGAAGUGCGAAGCCAUGAAGCCAAGUGCAAAGCCUUGAUGAUGCCUUACUUGCCAGAGAAUUGUUUGUUCUGUUUGAUUGUAAUAGACUGUAGAGAUUGUGACAUUGUAACAGAUUUACUAUUAUUUGAUAAAUUAUGUUUAUUCUGUUUUAUUUGAAA